AAAUUCCCAUGUUUUCAAUUCAAAACAUUGAAGGUCAGCGUUUCCAGUGCGUGUGCGGAAAUGACGCCUCUUCUUCGCUCACUGUUGACUGUGCGGAGUAAAGUGCGUCAACAGCAAAGUGGAGGAUUUCUGACUGCUGAACGUACAGCAUGAGGCCCAGCUGCUGACUGACAGAUGGCCUUAUUCCAGGAAGGGACAUUAGUAAGCAGCGCCAUGGAAACAUCUAACUUUGCCCACGUCAUCUUCCAGAAUGUGGGGAAGAGCUAUCUGCCCCAUGCUGCUCUGGAGUGCCACUACACGCUCACGCAGUUCAUUAAACCCCAUCCCAAGGACUGGGUUGGUAUAUUCAAGGUUGGCUGGAGCACAGCUCGUGACUACUACACCUUCUUGUGGUCUCCUCUACCAGACAGCUAUUCAGAGGGCACUGCAGUCAACAGAUCAGUGGUCUUUCAAGGCUACUAUGUUCCCAACGAUGAUGGAGAGUUCUACCAGUUCUGUUAUGUAACUCAUAAAGGAGAGAUCCGUGGGGCCAGUACCCCAUUUCAGUUCCGUGCUAAAAGCCCCACUGAAGAAGAGCUGCUGACUGUGGAGGAUGAGGGUGGAUCAGACAUCCUGGUCGUCACCACCAAGGCUAGCUACCUGGAGCAAAAGAUGGAGGAGGUACGUCUUGAGAAGGAGGAACUCCUGAAGAGCAUGGAGCUCUUGCAGAAGGAGAGAGAUGAUCUGCUGAAGGAAAAGGACAGACUGCAGAAGGAGUAUGAGCAGGAACGAGAGAGUGGUGCCCAGCUUAGGAGAGAAGUGCAGGAAUUGCAGCUCUCCUCUCAGAGCCUGCAGGAGGAAAGAGAAGAGGUGAAGAAGAGGAUGGAAGAAAACACAGCACGGCUGCUGCAGCUGGAAGAGGACUUGAUUGGGGUCACUCAGAAAGGAUUGCAAAAAGAGACUGAGCUGGACUGCCUCAAAGAUCGGGUGAAGAAGCUCACUCUAGAGAAGGAGGCACUGGAGUCUCAGCUGAAGAAUGAGAAGGAUGAGAAAGAGCUUUACAAGAUUCACCUGAAGAACCGGGAGCUGGAGAACACUAAGUUGAGUGCAGAGCUGCAAAUGUUGAGAUCAGUGGACGUGAAUAAAGAGAACACCAUUGCCCAGCUAAAAGAGGAGCUGGCUCGGGCCAAAGCUUGCCUGGCAGAGAAAGAAAAGCAGCACCGCCAGCUUUUGGCCAACAGCUCCCCAUCGGGAGAAAGCAAGACCUUGCGAGAGCAACUGAGGCAAAAAGAAGAGCAGUUGCAGGCCACUCAGCAGCAAGUUGCCAUGCUAUCUGCAGAGUUGCGGGAUUCAUCCAGUGCGCGGGACCGGGGCAUGGCCGAGCUGUAUCGGGCCCGGCUUGAGGCUGACUCUCUUAGGCAGGGCCAGGCUGAAGCGCGAGCUGAGUGUAACCAUCUGGAAAAACAGCUGGAGGAGAUGAGGAACUCUGCCAAGCAAGAAGCUCAGUGUAAGGAAUCUGAGGUUUUGGCUGUGGCUGAGCUGCAGAGGGAAGUAGAAGAUCUGAAGCUCAGACUGCAGAUGGCUGCAGAACAUUAUAAAGAAAAAUACAAGGACUGUCAGAAACUGCAGAAACAGGUGGUCAAGCUCUCUGAGCAGCAAGGGAUAAAAAGAAGUCCUGGUUCAGAUGGAGCAGCUGGUCCUCUGUCUGCAAGCCCUGAGGCAUCUGUGCCAGGAAGCCCAGGUUCAUCAGACAGUGUUUUGGAUGCCAUCAUCCAUGGCAAGCUGAAGGGGGUUAAUAAGGAGAUGUCUGACAAGAGUGACAAGUACAGGAAGUGCAAACAGAUGUUGAGUGAGGAGAAGGAGCGCAACAGCAUGUUGAUGGAUGAGCUGGCCAAACUGGAGCUGAAGUGGAAGGAGCAGGUGAAGAUAAACGAGGGCUUGAAACUGCAGCUGGCUGCCGAGGAGGAUCGUUACAAGAGCCAGUUAGCAGCCAAGGGCCGGGAGCUGAAGGAGCUAAAGGACAGUCUUGCCGCUUUAUCCAAAGAGAAGGAGAAAUUGGAAGGGGAGAUGCAGAGAAGUGCUAGCCGUGAGGAAGAAGAGGAUGAUGGUGGUAGUUUGGAUGUGCAACCAGUUUUUCUGCAGUACCCCUUGCCAUAUCAGCAAGAUGCCCCCUCUCCUCUCCUGGUGGCCCAGCGUCCUACUGAUCUGAUGUUUGGGAAUCCUUACUCAUCUGAAACCAGGGACAGUGCAGAUGGGGAGUUCUCUGAUGAGCAGGCACCGAGAUUGCCCCCUGCAGGGCCUCCGUCCUGGGAUAGUAAUGUGGUCUGCAGCCAGCCCGCACGCAACCUUAGCCGACCUGAUGGUCUGGAAGAGCCCGAGGAACAGCCAAGCACACAAGCUAAUGACCAGUCUACAGUCAGCGACCCACCCACUAACUUCCUCAAUGACGGACAAAUGCCCUUCUGCUUUGACUCCAGUCAGGAGCUGCAGAAGCGCUGUCCGCUGUGCGAGGUGAUCUUCCCGCCACAUUAUGACCAGUCAAAGUUUGAAGAGCAUGUGGAGAGUCACUGGAAGGUGUGCCCCAUGUGCAGUGAGCAGUUCCCCCUCGACUGUGAUCAGCAACUUUUUGAGAAGCACGUGCUCACCCAUUUUGACGGCAACGUGCUCAACUUUGACUAGAUCCAGCAAGAGAGGAAGAAAUACUCACCUCUGUUCCAUUUAAUCUAAUUUUCUUGCCUCUCACCUCAUAACCGCUGCCGUUAACUCUUAGCCACAUGUGAGCAUCUAUCUGUAGGCAAUCAGUUAAAUAGCUCUUCACUAUCUCUGCGCUAAGGACAUUUAAAGCUCACAUUACCCAUAAGCAAUGACAAGAGCAGAUGAUAGUCAUUAAAAUGACAUUACAUGAGGUUAGAGUCAAAGCAGAGUGACUGAUUGCUUUUGGGAUUACUAUUUAUUUGUUCUAAGUUUGCUUCUCUGAAGAGCUUUGCACAGACUCACUGUCACUUCACCAAGCUGGUCACAGCCAGCAAGGUGUAAUAGUUUUAUGAACAUUUUAACGCAACGAAUCGCCAGGCUUUAUGGAAUAUGUCAGGUAUUGCCUAUUUUUCCUCUGUGCCGAACUAGCACAGUUCUGUACUGUCAGGGCAAAAUAUUAGUUUAUACGCAAUGAACUGAUGAGCUGAUCCUAUAUCAUAAAAUAAUCUAUUUUAGAAUAAGCUUUUAAGAUCAAUGAGUAAGUACAGUAAGGCUUUAACAGGCAAAUUAAUGGUUUGAUAAGUUUCUUUUUGUUUAUCUAAAUCAACACGCAGACAAACCAUUAUUAUGAUUUAGUUGCAUGCCUUUCCUCUGUUACUGUGCACUGAUUUUAAGACCUCUCCGUUUGGUUUUCUUGAUACAAAGUAAGCCUGGUCUUGGGACUAAAAAGAAUGUUUGAUGGAAAACCACAGCUUGAUGCAAGUGAUUUAGAUCCAGGGUUAAGUUCAGGAGGAUUUUAGGAUACAGUGAGGGCUGACCAAGCAACCUUUUUUAUAUAGUUGAGCUGUAGAAAUCUUAGGGGUGGGCAAUAUGGCAGAAACAUCACAAUACUCAACUUUUGUUGAAGUUGGAACAGACAAAAAGCACUAGUAGUGCAACAGCUAUCAAAAAGUUACUUAAUGUCUCAUACUGCACUGCACUAAAUCCAGUUAAACAGCACUAGGUUGCACUGUCUUUGUAACAUCAUGCAGUUGGUCAAUAUUCUUUGGGUACUGAAGACAUCUACACUAUACUUAAAAGAGCAGAUACAAUAACAAUAGUCAUAUUGCCUACCCUUAUUUAAUCUCACCCAAGAGUUCACAUUCACUGGUGUAAUGGUGCCAGACUUAAUCUGUAUCAGUUAUCCCAACUCCUCAUUUUUCAUGAUUUAUGUUCACGAUGUAUGGUCCUCUUGAUAUUUUUUUCUUGGUAUGUAUGUGUGUGUCUUCUAUAUCUGAUCUACCAAUAAAGAUUUUGUUUGGAAAAAUAA